AAAGAUUUCAAAUCAGAUCAAACUCGACUCUCCACCUCAAAAACGACGCUCAAAACUCCAAACUCACACAGUCACACCCACUCCGCACAGCCGCCGUGUGAGUGUGGUGGCGCCACCGCCUUUACCACUGUAAAGCUUUGGAGGAUAUCAAAAUCCCAUGUCUGCUUCUCAUUGCCGUGCCCCUUUCUCAAACGCCAUUAUCCCUUUCCCUCGCAACCCCUCAAAACCUCCACCUCCUUUUCUCCAUUUUACUCCUAAAUAUACCUUCACAACUUUUUCCAACUCGCCUUCGAAAAGAAACUUUAUCCGUGCAAAUGUCGAAGAGAGUAGCAGCGAGCACGAAAGCCAACAAGUUUAUCAAGCAAAAUCUUCAGAAUCCAAUCCGCAACAGACAAUCAAAGCUCCGACUGCUCCAUGGAUGAAUAAACCCCUUCUUGUCAAGCCGAAUGAAAUGAUUGAUAUCACUAAGCGAAACAAUCGAAGAGAUUAUUCAACCUCUAAUGGAAAUGGAGAACAUCGUGAUACAGCUUUGACUCGGAAAGUGGGAGGUGGCAGAGGUAAGGUAGCCAUGAAGAAAAUCUUUAAGGGUAUUGGAAAACUCCGUGAAACUGAGAAUCUCGAGGAAAACAAACAAGCCUUAGGAAGUGGUAAGUUCAAAUUUGCACCAGGUGCGCUAUGGGGAAAUGAGGAUUACGAAAGUGAUGCUGAAGUUCAGGGGAAUUAUGAGGGUGGAAAAGAGUGUUUUGGAAGUGGUAAGUUUGAUAUUCCUUUGGGGGAGGUUGUGAAAGAAUUGAAGUUGAGGAAAAUGCCAUGGGAGGGGGAUGAAAAGACGGUUACUAGGAGGGUGAUGAAGGAGAAGGUUGCUACAUUUGCUGAGCUGAAUCUUGAUAGAAAUUUGCUUGAAAGGUUGAGGGAUGAAGCCGCUAAGAUGAAGAAAUGGGUAAAAGUUAAGAAAGCUGGGGUGACUCAAGCUGUUGUCGAUGAAGUUCAUUCCAUUUGGAGAAAUGAUGAGCUUGCCUUGAUCAAAUUUGAUGUUCCCUUGUGCUGGAAUAUGGGUAGAGCACGAGAAAUUGUUGAGAUGAAGAGUGGAGGUAUAGUUGUCUGGAGGAAUAAAGACUUUCUUGCUGUUUAUAGAGGGUGCAAUUAUAAAUCAUGUUCGAAACAUAUUUGGAUCAGACGUCACAACUUUAUUAGUAAUGGAGAAAAUUCGUCAUCCAAUAAGAAUUACGGAAACAGAAACGAUGGAAACUGGGGAACUUUGCACAUAACAUCUUUAUAUGAAAGAGAAGCUAAUAGGUUGCUGGAUGGGUUGGGCCCACGUUUUGUUGAUUGGUGGACUCAAAAGCCUUUGCCUGUUGAUGCAGACUUGCUUCCGGAACUUGUUACCGGAUUAGAGACACCAUUUAGGCUUUCUCCAACUUUUACUAGAUCAAAGCUCACAGAUGCUGAGCUCACAUAUUUGAGGAAGCUUGCUCGUCCUCUACCAACUCAUUUCGUCCUUGGAAGAAACAGAAAACUGCAAGGACUGGCUGCAGCAAUUCUAAAAUUGUGGGAAAAAUGCCACAUAGCAAAGAUUGCAGUGAAGUGGGGGGUUCAAAACACAGAUAAUGAGCAAAUGGCUAAUGAACUCAAGAUAAUCGAUUGUAGAAAGUCCCCUGAGAGAACACAAGAAUGACGUGAGAAAGUAUGUAGACACGAUCUUUAAGAUGUAUAGAUAAAUGCUUUAUAUAUGCAUAAUGCAUAUAUAAUACUUUAUGGGGAAUUUAAAUACAUGGUUUGGCGUUAAUAAGUCUACAUGGUUACUAAGCACAGACUUGACAAUCUUAUGGCAAUCAAACCUCACUUUAUGGUUUCUUUUAAUCAUACUGUUACUAAUGCAGAUUCUCACUGGAGGAGUUCUUUUAUUGCGUAAUAAGUUCUAUAUAAUCCUCUAUAGAGGUAAAGAUUUUAUACCCUCUGAAGUUGCAAAAGCAGUGAAUGAACGAGAACAGGCGCUCACUAAAUGUCAACUUCAAGAAGAAGCUGCUAGAAUAAAAGCAAGUGAGGCCUUUUCAAUAACCGAUGAACAGACACUUACCUCUGGUGCUGCCGGUACUUUAUCAGAAUUCCAUAGUAUUCACUCGGAUAUUAGUAGCCUGAAGAAAAGUGAGACUGAGGUUGAAAUCCAGCUGAAAACAGAAGAAGAGAAUCUGAAAAAGGAACUCAAAGAUCAAGAGCGGAAGCUUUACAUUCUUAAGAAGAAAAUAGAGAAAUCAGUUAAGAUAUUGGAGAAACUAAAUAGUGUAUCAAGAUUUUCUGAGAAAGACCCAGAUGUGGAAGUAAUCUCUGAAGAGGAGAGACGAUGCUUAAGGGAGAUGGGUUUGAAGAUUGAUAGCAGCUUAGUGCUUGGAAGGCGUGGUGUUUAUGAUGGUGUUAUAGAAGGAAUGCAUCAACACUGGAAGCACAGAGAAAUUGUUAAAGUGAUUACGAUGCAGAAAACAUUUUCACAGGUCAUGCGCACAGCAAAACUUGUCGAGGAAGAAAGUGGUGGGAUCGUGGUCUCUGUAGUCAAACUUAAGGAAGGACAUGCCAUCAUUGUAUACCGUGGGAAAAACUAUAAGCGUCCAAAAGUAGCAGCAAUAAAUUUGCUGAAUAAAAAAGAAGCAUUAUCUAGGUCACUAGAGCUUCAAAGACUUGGUUCUCUAAAGUUCUUCGCAAGACAAGGAGAGCAGGCAAUCGCUGUUCUAAAAUGCAAGCUGAUAUUUUAUUUUGGUGGCAAUAUGAACCAUAGUUUACCAUCUAGCCUCUCAGCAAAUUGUCAACUGGUAUUUCUGUUGGACCAUCAAAUACAGACGAAUGAACUGAGAUUUAGGAUAUUGGAAGUGAAGCUGUCUACAGAUUUGUUGGGCUUGAAUUCAUACACCAAUGCUCUUGUCUCUUUCAUAACAAAGUCCUAAUGGGCUUGCAAUAUUGACAUGGGAAGUUUUGCUGAUGCUGGAAAUGUCAUUGAUGAAGUCUUGCCUGUUUCUGUUAAGACCUUGAAUGCAAUAAGCUGUCAAUCAGAAGAUGAUGAGGGAUGAACGAACUGCAAUCUCAAUCUGAAUUUGUCGAAUCCACUGAAGCUAUAAUACAAGACCCAGUGACACAUGCAUAGAAGCAUUAUAUAUGUAACUUGGAGGUACCAUUGUGGAGAAAUCGGAUAAUAGAUUAUGAUGACAAGAAUUGACAGUUCAUCGAUUAUUACGUUCUUCUGAAGAUGAGAAAGCCCUUCUGUAGAUCCUGGGAGGAAACAUAAUAACUGAAGUCUGUAAGAACUUGAAGAGAGAAUUUGAUUUCAUUUUGGAGCAAGAAUGUACUUACUAUCACUUGGAUAAUCCACUGAUAAAUAAAUAACAAUAAAAAUAAAAAAGUAUACUGAUAAAGCCAGCAGCUCUGUCCAAAAC